UUUUUUUUUUUAUCAGAAAAUAGGAUCAUAAAUGAGUCAAUUUCCAAGUCGUUCAUCUUCUAUCCGAUCUGAAAGAAAUUUUAAAUCUUCAAAUGUGGGUACCACUUCUUCAAGCUCAACAAACAUGAUCGAUACCAAUAACAUGGAUAGAAGAAGCAUCUUACUUUCACCAAAUCAAUUGAACAGAAUCAAUAGACGACUUGCUAAUAUAAGAUAUGAAACAGCAUCUUUAGAUGGUCAAGAUCUUGAACAACCCAUUCAACAAAGCUCAACAAAUCAUGAUGAUACCAUUUUUUCUCAACAUACAGUGGGUGAUUUUUCUGUUAAAAUUCAAGAGUAUGCAAUGAUAGAAGAUGUUUUAUUUGUUCUAAUGGGAAUUGAUGGUACUUAUAUCAAAUGUAAUUAUCCAACAUCAUUGAAUGAAGAAAGUGAUGAAGAAACUGAAGAUGCAAUGGAAGAUGUGCAGUUGAAUCAUUCUUAUUUACAACAAGGGGAGAAGAAAGAUAUUUGGGAAGAAAUGAAAUACACUAUUGAUCCAACUUUGGAUCCUAGUAUAAAACACUUGGUCGAAAAGAUAUUACCUUUGGCAACUUUUUAUUUAUCACUGAAUGCAUUUGUUGAACAAUAUACGAGAUAUGAAUAUGGAACUGUGAAUCAUGCCCUUUGUGCAGGUAUAAGGGCAUUCUUAAAAGACUAUAUGGUAUUUGUUGCUCAAUUAGAACAUGAAUUUCAGACAUCGACUACAUUCACUUUACAAAGAUUAUGGUUUUAUGCUCAAGAUUAUUUACAAACAAUGAAAAUUCUUAAUAAUUUAGUUACCACAAUUCGUUCUAUCAAAACAGUUCAUCUUUCAAAUGAUGAAGAAGAUAAUAUCGAUGCUGUCAUAGAGGAUUUACAACAAAAGGAAAUACAUAUAUCAGAACGAAUAAAAGGUGGAUCUAUUCUCAAUAUUUUAUCAGAGAAAUUGAUUGGAUUAAGCGGUGACCCGAAAUGUAAAAAGAUUUAUACAUUCUUACUAUCAAAAGCAUCUAUACCUUAUUUCGAUAUUUUGAAUUCUUGGAUUUAUCGUGGUGAAAUUAAUGAUCCUUACAAUGAAUUUAUGAUUUUAGAGAAAAAGAGUGUAAAGAAGGAGAACUUGAAGGAAGAUUAUAAUGAUACUUAUUGGGAAACACGUUAUACAAUACGUGAAGCCUAUGUGCCAUUCUUUCUUGAACCCAUCAAAGAUCAAAUUUUAUUAGCUGGUAAAUUCUUGAAUGUCGUUCGUGAAUGUGGUGUUGAAAUUGCAAAUCCAGAUGAAAUGCAACACGAGGUAUCAAGUCAAAAUACGGUUGAAGAAAUAAGUAAUUCACCAUACUUGGCUAAUAACUAUAUACUAUCAAGAGGUGAAGUCUGGACUGCGGUAGACGGUAGUCGAUUCAUAAAGAACUUAGAAAUUGCUUAUAAAUACGCAAAUCAAAAACUUUUAAACUUAUUAAUGAAAGAACAACAAUUACUAGAACGUUUAAGAUCUUUAAAGCAUUAUUUCUUUCUUGAUCAAUCUGAUUUUAUUACAUCAUUUUUGGAUUUAGCAAAAGAUGAAUUAAAUCAACCUGCAUCUGAAAUACCUCAGUCUCGUCUUCAAUCAUUAAUGGACUUAGUUUUACGUAAUCCUUCCUCUGUAGCAGCUUAUGAUCCUUUUAAGGAAGAUGUAAAAGUGACCAUGAGUCAUUUACGACUUGUUGAUCAAUUAAUUCGAAUUAUUAGUGUUUCAGGUCUAGAAGGCUCCUCAUCUAAUUUUCGAUUAUUAACAACGGGUCCUGAACGUAGUCAGACUCUUUCUAAUAGCUUUGGAUCCAUUCAUAAUAGCAGCAAUACCACACCACAUGAUUCACUUUCAGGAUAUGAUGCAUUAGUUUUAGAUUAUACCGUAACAUUCCCAUUAUCACUUAUUAUUUCACGUAAAGCAUUAACAAAAUAUCAACUUUUAUUUCGAUACAUUUUGAAUUUGAAACAUGUUGAGGAACUAUUAUGUGGUUGUUGGAUGGAUCAAAAACAUUUAUUUUGGAAAUCAAGAUCAUCUAGCUCAAAAAUAGAGAAAUGGAAGUUUAAGAUCUUUUCACUUCGAAAUCGAAUGUUAACAUUUGUUCAACAGAUUGCUUAUUAUGUGACAAAUGAAGUAUUAGAACCUAAUUGGCGACGUUUAGAAGCCAAUUUAUCAAAUAUAACAACUGUAGAUCAAGUUUUACAAUACCAUUCUGAUUUUUUAGAUUCCUGUUUAAAAGAAUGCAUGCUAACCAAUUCAAAACUACUUAGGGUAAUGAAAAGAAAAAAAAAAUGGGUCACUUUGUAUAUCUAAUUUUUUUGAAAAAUAUAGUCAUUUAUUGAAAAUAAUUGAAGGAGAAGCAAAAGAUAGAUAUGGUGUACCUGUAGUAGGGCUCAAUGAUACCUCCCAUAAUUUAUUUGAAAGUUCAUAUAAAACAUUAACUAAAAUUGAAGAAUCCUUUUUGUAUCAUAUGAAACUAUUAAUUGAUGCUCUUAGUUUCUAUUCAGCACAAGAAACAAUUCAAUUCUUAUGCUUAGUGGUACAACUAGACUAUAAUCAAUUUUACCAUCAUCAUACUUCUAUAUCAAAAGAACAACAAAGUCGAUCCUCUUCAAGACAAAGAUAAACAGAUUACACUGAUUCUUUUCUUUUUCUUUUUUUUUAAUAAAAUAUAAAUAUACA